GUUUUUACGUGAAGCUCCAAAAAUCUAUGAAAUGUGUUUGCAUGCUCGUCUCCGUGAGCGGGGAUGUAGAGGUGGGAUUGCGAGAGCGGAGAGGUUCGAGAGCCCACGCGUUCAGGCGUCCAGAAAAAGUGCUUUUGACCGUGAUUCGCCACCCGGUUCUGCGCGCUCUCGCCUCGCUCAUGGGCUCCACGGUUUCCGGGAGCGCACAGUGAGCUUUUGCUGCUUUCGUUUUGACGUGGAUCGGCGCGGCAGGGAUCGGAGACGGACCGCUCGGACGGACACUCGGAGCCCUCCCCUUAGCUGGAAGCCGCCUUGGUAGUUUACCUUUUGCCAGUGGGAAGAUGACGGCUGAGGUGUAAAGCUGGUUCUUCAGUGCAAGCGCCUGCCUGCCAUUGGCUGGCCACUUUGUCAAAGAGGAGGCUCCUCCCUCAUCUGGGCAUCCAGUGGACCGAGACUACUGCCUGGCUCCUCCCUAGCUAAUCCCCUGUCCCCUCCCCAACCCCACCCCCUACCCUUCCACACACACACACAUACAGACACACAAUCACACCCUGGGGCUGGACCAUGUCUGGCGGACGGCCGGAGGGCAGCCGGACACCCGAGGCCCAGGACAAGGACAAAGAUAAGGACAAGGAACGGGAGCAGCAAAGCUGCAGGGAGGACAGCCCUGUUGUUGAACGGCGCAAUCGCAGUGGUAUCAUUAGCGAGCCCCUCAGCAAAAGUCUGAAAAGGUCUCGCACUCUUUCCCAGUACACUGCUGCCUGCCCUCAAAACACCAAUGGACUGAGCCAUAACGGCCAGGCCAAGGGAAAGGUCCAGUCUGGCCAGCACAAUCAGCAACAACAGCAGCAGCAUCCGUCGUCCACGGCUUCGGCCCUGGUGCCUGCCAAAGCGGACAGGAGCCUGGAACAGGCACUUGAAGGACACAACGGCUUACUACACUUUGCUCAGGCAGCAGCACUGCUUAAGCGAGCAGGCAUGGAGCACAUGCUGCUGCCUGGGGGCAUGGGUGCAGGGGCAGGAGUGGGUGGAGUGGGCACUGAAGCAGGGUCGGGUGAUCUGGAGGGUGCAUCAGCAGGCGACACUGUGGGGGGCCUCACGGACUUCCCGUAUGGCAUAGGUGGUGGCUUUCCCUUCAACCCGGCUGGGCUUUUCAUCAUGACGCCUGCUGGUGUGUUCCUUGCCGACAGUGCCCUGCACAUGGCUGGCCUGGCUGAGUAUCCAGCACACAGUGAGCUGGCCUCCGCUAUUAAUGCCGGCAAAAAGAAGCGUAAACGUUGCGGUAUGUGUGCGCCCUGUCGGCGCAGGAUCAACUGUGAGCAAUGCAGCAGCUGCCGCAACCGCAAGACAGGUCACCAGAUCUGCAAGUUCCGCAAGUGUGAGGAGCUAAAGAAGAAACCAUCUGCUGCACUGGAGAAGGUGAUGCUGCCAACGGGAGCGGCGUUCCGGUGGUUCCAGUAGGGCUGUGACCUCCAACCUCCACCCAAAGCUCUGCCAUCAAGUGCAAUGCUAACUCUCGCUUGGACCGACUCCAGCACCGACACUGGCUAGCAAGCAUACAAACCACGAAAAAAAGAGAAAAACAAGCACCAGAAACUUCAUAUAAACACACACACACACACACACACACACACACACACACACACACACACACACACACACACACACACACACACACACACACACAAA